UGUGGCCCUCGGGCCAAAAAGUUUGCCCAGCCCUGGGCUAGACUUUAGGCCCAGCUGUGAGCAAGGACUGGUGCACUAAGCUGCACCACCCCAGAAAUAGCCUUCAGAGGUAUUAUGUAGAAUUCCCAUACGUUUAUGGUAAUAAGUUAUAACAGGAUAAACAUAUUUAUACCUGUAUAACUGCAUCAACACUAGGGGAGCUGUACUGCUUUAACUAGUCCAGUUUAGUUAGAGCAGUAACAUUUUUGUAUUUAGAUAAGCCCUUACUUCAGGGCUGAAUAUUGCAGCCCUUGGUUUUACAUUAGCAUCUUGCCACGAGUCUGAAGGCUGCACUUCAUUAGCAUCUGCAGUUAUGUAAAGAUUUUUUGUAUCAAAAAUAAAUGCACACAUCGGUAAUAUCUGCCUGUACUUGUCUCUCCCCUAAUGGAGGAAUAGAAAUUGUGAGUUGAGAUCACCAGCAAAAAAAGAAAAGAAAAGAAAUCCCCUGCAGUAAAAGGGAGCGGGGAGCUUCUGGCUAUAUUUUAAUAUUCAACAGGCCUCGCUUAGACACCUCUGCUUUAAUUGUCUGAGACGGAGUCAGAACUUAUAUCUGGGACUAGCUGGGUGGGGUAUCUGGGUUUAAGUUUACUAGAAUCAAGUUAGGUUUGGAGGGGACUGUUACCUUUAAGGGAUUUGGUAAAGCCCCUACAUACCUGAUGGGGCCUAUAGCUCAUAGGGGCUCAUGUGAUAGUUUCAGUGUGGGUCUGGAUUGCUCCAGUUCUGCUGGCAGUCUCUUGGAUGCUGGGAAGUCCCUGCUGUUUCAGGAAAGCAGCUUUUCAAACACUGGCUGUUGAGUUUUCUCCUCCAAAACCUGUGUGGAAUAAUGACGGUCCCCCUUUUGCCCAGGGUUAGUGAACCAUCCAAUCAGCUGGGUGAGACAGAUGGCCACCAGGCCAUAAAAGUAAAGUGUGGGAUCAGUCAUGGCAGGCGGUCAAGUGCAUCUCGUUACCCACUCAUCUACUUAGCGAACCAGCAAUGUAAAAAAAUGCUGAGAGGUAUUUUACAAGCGGUGGAGACACAGUGUUAACGGUAUCAGUUGGUUUUCUUUCCAUACGGCCUAGGAUUGCUUCACAGCGCCUUUCCUCUGACUGGUGGAGGGGAUGGAUAAGACAAAGAAAGAAUUGACAGACUCGCUGGGGAGGAGCCCCUAUUCUCCUCAUUCCAACAGCCAGGCUCAGGUCUUGGACCCCAGCCCAGGAGCCAGUUCAAGCCCAAUGGAAAGCAUCUACAGGGGGACCAACAGGAAAUACCCAAUGAUUAAACAAAAGGGAUUUUACUCUGAUGUGCUCUAUCCAGGAGCCACAGCUUUCUUGGGGGAUGUGUGCGCUGGUCCCAGUGUGUACAAGGAUUUACUGAGACAGGCUGAUCGUGAGCAGCACACGCCAAAAGGUCCAUUAUGCUUGAAUCUGGAGCACAACCUCCACUCCAUAGGUACAGAGGUUACCAACAGCAGUGGAAUGUGUCCAUUACUGCUGAGGGGGGUGCCGGAGUUGGCCAAGCAGGAAAUGUACACCCUCUCCCCAUCUUCCCUCCCUACCCCAUUUUGCAUGUUCUGGAUUUUUGCUGUCACUCACUCUGCAGUGGAGCUUUGUGUAUUGGAAAAAGGGAUCUGCCACUCCUUUCCCACAUGCAAAUGGUGCACAUGUCCUGGAGGCUGGAGUAUGACCAUAGAGACUGGCUAUGAGAGGAAAGGAUCUUUCCCUUCUCCAGAGCCUGGCAGACCCACAGGAUGCAGUCUGGUUAUUUGGAUUGUAGGCUGGGGAGAGAUAGAAACCAUAUACCACCUUACUGGCUCUAUAUGGGCACCAAGAUCCAAUGUGUUGAACUGUCUGCAAUGCCUGGAAAAGGAGGUGAGCCUAGACUAUGAACGCACCAUGAACAAGAUUAUCUUUGAUGGAGUCAUCACAUCCAAGCCCCAGACGUUUUCAUAUGUCACCCUGCCAGAGAAAGAGGAGGAGAAGGUGCCAGAAAGAGGGCUGGUCAAGAUCCCAGACUAUCCAUUUGAUGAGCAACGGGCAUCUUUUAUUUUUGUCUCGCUCCUGACCAGGCCAGAAGUCAUCCUUGCCUUAUCGCAGGUGCGGGAUGAGUGCAACAAAGCUGCAGCCAUGUCUCUGUUUCAUUCAACCUUGUCUAAGUAUGGCCGGCUAGAGGAGUUUGAACAGAUCCAGACGCAGACCUUCACCCAGGUUCAGAUGUUUCUCAAGGACACCUGGAUCAAUACUCUCAAGAUAGCAGUAAAGAGCAGUCUGAGGGAGAUUGGUAAAGGGUGGUACAAUCUGUAUCAGUCCAACUGGGGUGUAUACCAGAUGUCCAAGCUACAUAAGCUGAUGGAGCUCAUCAAGUUUAACUUGCAAGACUCUGUGCGCUUCCUGGUCCAGGACUCCCUGGUCAGCUUCACUCAGCUUUUGCUGGAUGCUUGCGGCAAUGUCCUGAAUUGCUCGGAGGAUAUGGAAUGGGGAGGGGACCUCAUCAACAGCCCUUACAAGCCACGAAAGAAUCCUCUCUUCGUGGUGGAUCUGAUUCUGGAUAACAGUGGGGUUCACUUCAGCACACCUCUGGAGAACUUCGAGACCUCCCUCAUUUCUCUGUUCGACAAGGGAAUCCUGGCGACUCACACCAUACCACAACUGGAGACGUAUGUGCUGGAGAACAUGUUUAUUAGAGGCACACCACUUCUGGAGUCAGUCGGCCUGCACGAGCCCCCUGUGGAAGAACUGCGCAACACUAUCCGAUCUGCCAUCUGCAAGGCAGUGAUCCCCCUCCAAGCCUACGCCAAGCAGUAUGAGAACCAGUUAGAGCUGAAUAAUAAUGACAUCAAUUCCUUUCUAAAAGAGUACCAAGCCCAAUGCCCCUCUGCCCAGGAUGUGAGAAAUAUAGUAAACCUGCACUUGUCUGAAAAGGAGAUGCUGGACAACACUCUGCCAAGCUCCAUCAUCAUCGGUCCUUUCUAUGUCAGCAUUGAAGGUGUCAAGCAAAAUCUGUCCAAAAAACGCAAAGCCCUAGCCACCUCCAUGUUGGACCUACUGGCUAAGAACCUACACCUACAGGUGGAAAAUAUCUGUGAAGUAUUCAAAGCCAUCAGCCGGAAAAUGUAUGAGAAACCAAACAGCAUUGAGGAGCUGGCUGAGUUGCGGGAGUGGAUGAAGGGAGUCCCUGAGCAGCUGAAAGCGCAGGAAGAACUCAUAAUUAAGGUCAUGGAAGAUUAUGAGGUUAUGGAGGAAUUCCUUUACAACCUUACCCAAGAUGAUUUCAAUGACAAGUGGGCUGCAAGCAACUGGCCUCUGAAAAUCGCCACACAGACGGAGAUGAUUCGGCAGCAGCACUUAGAAGAUGAAGAGAGGUUCCGCAAAAUUCAGCUCAUGGAUCAGAACAACUUUCUGGAACGCCUGGAUGGUCUGCAGGUACUAAUAAUCUAG